GCACAUUACAGAGGUGGUACAGCAGCACGUAACCUGUCUGACUCUGAAGAAUGGAAGAUUUCUACAACACAACUUCACAGAACAGCAGCUAUGAAUACGACGGAGAGGAAUUAGGAAUCACAGAUGUCAUAUAUGUGACAAAUUGGAUCGUCAUCUGCAUCGGCCUUCCUCUGACCAUACUGGCCAUCCAUGCCCUGUAUUCUCUGGUGAGAACAAAUCAUGUUGCUCCAAUCUACGUCAUCAACCUCCUCAUCUCUGACCUCAUUCAGUUCUGCUGCAUGAUCGUUUGGCUGACAGGACCUGGGGAUUUUCUGAUCAUCCUGGUCUCUGCCUUCAUUUAUGCCAUAGCUCUGAUGGCCAGUGUUGGCUUCAUGACAUGUGUCGCUGUGGAAAGGUAUCUGCUUAUCGCCUGGCCACUGUGGUACCGCUUCAAACGAAGUAUCAAGACCUCUGUUGUGGUGUGUGUCAUGGUCUGGGUCUCUCCCUUUUUCUGGGGCUUAUUUAUCUAUCUGGCAUCUGAUUUCAUGAGCCCAUUUCAUCUCCUCUCCAUCUACCUCCUCCUCCCCUUCCCCGUCCUUAUCUUCUCUCUGGCUGGGACCUUCAAAGCACUGUCUGCUGCCACCUCAGUCUCCUCUGAGGAAAAACGCAGAAUCGUUGGAGCUUUGAUUCUGGUGUUGUUAAAUUACACAUUGUUGUUCCUUCCUACAAUCAUUUUGAUCCUUUCUGUAGAAACCAGAUAUGAUUAUACCCUCAACAUUGUGUCUUUUGCCAUGAUCCAGUUCAGUCCUCUUGCAGACUUGGUUCUGUAUGUCUUCAUGAGGAAAGGGGCAUUUGACAGGCUGCUGGCCUGUCUGUUUUGCUGCAAGUCAGAAACACAACAAACAUCAGGUCAGACCAUCACUGUCAGUGAUGAUGUCGAGGCUUAACCAUCACUUGAGGUCAUCAUCAGGAAAAUGAAACCUGUUUCCCGGACCCUUUCCCACAUCCCUGAUAAAAUCAAACCUCUCUGCCAUACAGUAAGUCCAAAAACAAUAAACCACUCCCCUCAGUCUCGCUUUGGUCCAUGUGCACUUCAAACUGCUGUCAUCAAACUACUUCUUAAAAAACCCACCCUGGACCCAGAAAUGUCUGCCAACUACAGAGCCAUCUCUAACCUCCCGUUUCUCACUAAAGUGCUGGAAAACGCUGUUGCCAUUCAGCUUCAGGACCAUCUACACCGACACAAUCUAUUUGAAAAAUUCCAGUCAGGUUUCCGUUCCACCCACAGCACAGAAACAGCUCUGGCCAGGGUCACAAAUGACCUUCUGAUGGCGGCGGAUUCUAGCUCUCCCUCCCUGCUCAUACUCCUUGACUUAACUGUAGCGUUUGAUACCUUGGAUCACUGCAUCCUCCUCAGCCGGCUCCACUGUGACAUUGGACUGUGUGGUACUGCCUUGGACUGGUUCACGUCAUGUCUUUCUGGGAAGACAGAAUAUGUCAGCCUGGCUGGUGCUAAGUCCCAGUUGCUUCCUGUCACCUGUGGAGUCCCUCAAGUGUCCGUCCUCAGGCCGAUCUUAUUUAUUUUAUAUGCUUCCCCUCGGUCAUGUCAUCAGCCGCCAUGGAAUCUCUUUCCAUUGCUACGCUGAUGACACACAGCUCUAUAUCAAGCCCCGUCUGCUGCCCCACCAUCCUCAUCACUGUCAUCACCACUGUCCACCCUUACCACCUGCCUGGAGGAAAUAAAGGCAUGGAUGAGCCAAAACUUCCUCCAAUUAAACUGAAGCCGUACUUGUUGACACCCCACAUCAGGUCCAGUCAUUCCCCAUAAACACUGUCACCUUUUCCGAACCGGACAUUCUCCUCUCAUCUCAGUUACCAACCUUGGUGUGAGUCUGGACCCUCACCUAACAUUUAAUAAUCACGUUAAACAUCUGUGUAAAUCAUCUUUUUCCCACCUUAAAAACAUCGCCAAACUCUGUCCGUCUCUCACCUUUUCUGAUGCAGAAAAGCUCGUCCAUGCCUUUGUCUCCUCCAGGGUUGACUUCUACAAAUCACUUCUCAUCAGGAUCCCUGGCAAGAGUCUUCAAAAGCUUCAGUAUAUACAAAACAGCGCUGCCAGGAUCCUGAUGGGAGAGCGGAAACAGGAACACAUCACUGUCAGUGAUGAUGUCGAGUCUUAACCAUAUUUUCAUCACUCCCUCUUUGGAAAUCUCCAUCACUUUCUUUUGACCUCUUACAUUCAAAGUGUAUUUAGUUUCUGUAUAAUUUCCACACAGAGGAAAUCUUUAGCUUGGCUGAUGAUCUGACUAAACCUAUUUCACUGGAGAUGCUGAAUAAAAUCACAGAUGUUUGCAGUCAUUCACAGGACUGGAGCCAGGAUAUUCACUGUAACUCAGCUGUUUACUUCUAUACUCAUAUAUGACUUUUUCUCUGACAUUUUUUUAUUAAGUUGAAAUCAUAUUUUUACCUUCUGUCUGACAGAGCACAAGUUAAAAUAGCUGAUGUCAAUCAUAUUUGGAAGUUUGUGAUAAUCAAACAAAGUUGUUUUUCCUAUUGUAAAAUUCUGAGAUUGAAAUGACAGGAAGACUUUAAGCUGUCAUUUGAAGAUUUGUCAAAAUAAUGUAUAUUUCUUGAUGAUUGUGUCUGUCUCUCUGCUGUACUGUGCAUGCAUGUUAUAAAUGCCUGUUUCCAUGGGUUCUUUUAUUA